AUGGCCAUCAAGAAAAAAUACGUCAUCGACAGAUCAACACACGAACUCUCCGACAACGAAAUCACCAUCCUGAGCCUCGGACUAACAUUCAUCCCAUCGACCACCUACCAUCGGAAAAAUGCAAUAAGUAAUGAGUUCAACAGAUACGCAAGAACUAUGAGACUGAAAGAAUAUUUUAGAACAAACGACCGCCAACAAAACAAAUUUAGAACCAAGAGCGACUGGGAACCUCCGGCAGACCACGCCAACAGAAUCCCAGAUCUGGACAAAUAUUUAGAACUGACAAGACGAGACCUGCAAUCAAUACCGAGACAACACACAACCGAUAACUUAACACCCGAACUAAGACAGACACUCAAACAAUUACAACACAGAGAGGAGAUCAUCAUAAAGAGAGCAGACAAGUGGUCAGGCACCGUCAUUGAGGAUAAGAAGACAUACAUCAGAGACUGUUCAGAUUUAUUGACCGACAAGAAGACAUACGAGGAGACCGAACACGACCAUCGCUGGGAAACUUACCAUCUAAUUCAAGAACUUUCAUUCGACGCGUACGCCAACAGAGUCAUAGAUAGAAACAUACACAAAUUUCUUCUCCAACAAUUCAACACCAUCAAAACAGCCGAAUUUUACGGAUUACGGAAAAUACAUAAGACGCCAGCAACACUAAGACCUAUCAUCGCAGGACACAGUAGCCCAACCACAAGAUUAAGCAGAGUACUUGAUCACUAUCUACAACCAAUCGUCGCAACAUCGAAAUCAUACGUCCGAGACUCAAAACAGUUCAUCCAAAUUAUAGACAACACGACACUACCAAAAGACACUCUAUUGAUCGCUGCAGAUGUCACAAGCUUGUGCACAAGCAUACCACAGCAGGAAGGAAUUGACACAGUUUGCAAGGCAAUGGACACACACUAUCAAGACAGUUGGCUAACCGCAUUCACAAGGGAAGGUCUACGUAUCAUAUUAAAAGAAAACUACUUUCAAUUUACAGACAGGACAUACAGACAAAUAUACGGCACGGCCAUGGGAACACCAGUGGCACCAUCAUUCGCAAAUAUUUUUAUGACCAACCUGGAAACGACCUUUAUGGAAAACGAGACAACCAGACCGACUCAUUGGUACCGUUACAUUGACGAUAUAUUCCUAACGUGGAUACAAGACCCAGAGACAUAA